AUGACUUCAAAUAAGAAUGAAGAUCACACUGAAGUUGUUAUCUUAUCAGCUAUACGAACACCUAUUGGUUCAUUACAAGGAUGUUUAUCAGCAUUACAAGCUCAUCAACUUGGAGCGGCUGCAAUUAAAGGUGCAUUAGCUAAACUAGCUGGUGUCAUUUCACCAGAUGAAAUCAAUGAAGUCAUUAUGGGUCAAGUAUUAACGGCUAAUGAAGGUCAAAAUCCUGCACGACAAGCAGCUCGUAGUGGUGGUUUACCGUAUCAUAUACCGGCAACGACAGUUAAUAUGGUUUGUGGUUCCGGUUUGAAAGCUGUUAUUCUUGCUGCUCAAGCUAUUCGAUCAGGUGAUGCAAGUAUCUUAAUCGCUGGUGGACAGGAAAGUAUGAGUCAAGCACCACAUUGUGUUCCAAUAAGACAUGGCAAGAAAAUGGGUGAUGUUUCAUUAGUUGAUUCAAUGAUACAUGAUGGUCUCACAGAUGCAUUUAAUCAUAUUCAUAUGGGUAUUACAGCGGAAAAUAUCGCUGAAGCAUGUGGUAUAACACGACAAGAACAAGAUAAUUUUGCUCUACAAUCACAAAUUAAAUGUGAAGAAGCAGUUUUACUCGGACAUUUUGAUACAGAAAUAGAACCUAUUAUUAUUUCAGAUGGAAAACAUAACAUCGAAAUUAGACAUGAUGAAUAUCCACGAAAAGGAACAUCAAUAGAUAGUUUAUCAAAAUUAAAUACUGUAUUCAAAGAAGCUGGAACAGUCACAGCAGGCAAUGCUUCAGGUCUUAAUGAUGGAGCUGCUGCUUUAGUUCUUUGUUCACACCGCACUGCGAAAUUAAAACAACAACCACCAUUAGCAAAAAUUAUUUCAUGGGCUCAAUCAGGCAUUGAUCCACUUGUUAUGGGUUUAGCACCAAUCAAAACUAUUCAAGAAGCUUUACGUAAAGCACAUUGGUCAAUUGAUUCAGUUGAUUUAUUUGAAUUAAAUGAAGCAUUUGCGGCUCAAUCUGUAGCAGUCAUUCGAGAACUUCGUAUUGAUCCAGAAAAAGUUAAUGUAAAUGGUGGUGCAAUAGCUCUUGGUCAUCCAUUGGGUGCUUCAGGUGCCCGAAUACUUGUAACAUUAGUUCAUACACUUAAACGUACAGGUUUGACACGAGGUUGUGCUGCUUUAUGUAUAGGUGGUGGAAUGGGUAUUGCAAUCUGUAUUGAAUCUUGUUAG